AAUACGUUAUCAUAAGUUGAUAAAGAACACGCCCCGCAUAUCUGUCACACUGUCAGAUACAAAAAUCAGGAUGACGCAUAUAUGCAGCGGUGGUAGCGAACCUGUUAAUACCACGAAGCAUGCUCAUAUCGAAACAUUUCGUCGGUAUGACAGGUUCCCUAAUCUAUCAAGUCGUCAACUUUGACGAUUAAUAACUUUCUUCGCGGGGCAGAGCGACACUUUUUUCUGCCAGAUUCUUUCGUUUCGUGCAAAUACGCGUCGAAUAAGUGUAAUUUCAUCCAUAUUUGUGCUAGCGUAGCUAAACUAAAUAAUUACCGCGACGAGACUGGUUUUGUCUUCCUACUUUUUCGUCCUAUUAUAUGAGGUUUUAUACAAAUGUUUCGAAAACGCGUUUUCCUCAGGCAGCUUUGCAGUGCUGCGAAUGCGUUCACAGAAGCUGCUACGGUAGCAGAAACGUCAACUCGACUGGAACGAUUCAGAGCAAGAAUGCAAAAGGAUAAACAGGAUGAGAUACUCACCGAUACAUUUGGACGGAAGCACACUUAUCUCAGGAUAUCAAUUACUGAACGUUGCAACCUACGCUGUACUUAUUGCAUGCCAGCAGAAGGUGUCAAGUUAACCAAGAAGGAUGGUAUCUUACAGACAGAUGAAAUAAUACAAAUAGCCGAUCUGUUUGUUAAGGAAGGAGUACGCAAGAUACGUUUGACUGGCGGCGAGCCUACAGUUCGUAAGGAUAUCGUUGACAUUGUUGCACAACUCAAGCAGUUGAAGAACUUGGAGCAAGUUGCGAUCACCACAAACGGGCUGACCUUGACUCGCCAGUUGCCAGCUUUUCAAAAAGCGGGAUUGGAUGCACUGAAUAUAUCCUUGGAUACUUUGAAGGAGAAGCGCUUUGAGAUAUUCACACGUAGACAGGGCUGGGCAAGAGUUAUGGCUGCUAUAGAUCUCGCUGUCCAGAUUGGCUACAAUCCUGUGAAGGUCAACUGCGUCAUAAUGCGAGGGAAAAAUGACGAUGAGAUAACCGAUUUCGUCGAUUUCACGAGAGAUCGCCCCAUCGACGUGCGUUUCAUAGAAUAUAUGCCGUUCCAAGGGAACGAGUGGAAGGAAAAUAAGAUGGUGUCGUUCGACGAAAUGAAGAAGAUAAUCCGAGAGAAGCAUCCCGACUUCCAGGCUCUACCGAAUCAGCCCAACGAUACAUCCAAGGCCUAUCAGGUGCCAGGAUUCGUAGGGCAGGUUGGAUUUAUCACGUCCAUGAGCCAACACUUCUGCAACUCGUGCAAUCGUCUGAGAAUAACGGCGGACGGAAAUCUGAAGGUGUGUUUGUUCGAAGGGAAAGGCGAGGUCUCGCUGAGAGACGCUUUGCGAAGCGGUGCAUCGGAAGGUGCACUUAGGGAUCUGAUAAGAGAAGCAGUGUCGCGGAAGAAGAAGCAACACGCAGGAAUGUUCAAUCUUACUCAGAUGGAAAAUAGGCCGAUGAUCUUGAUCGGGGCUAGUCGUAAGACGAAAUUUUCGCGAAAAGCGCGCAAUGUCACGUCGACAUGGGACACGCGGCACGCGUAUCCGCUGUGCACGUCCGUGCAGUUUCGAAAUAACGCGGGCAUCAGAAUGUAUUCGACGUUAUCGCACAUAGACGAGACCGGUAAAGCCAACAUGGUGGAUGUCGGCGGGAAGAGCGAAACUAAGCGCACAGCUGUAGCGGUGGGAUUCGUGAAGGUAGAUCCCACCCUCGGUCGUCUCAUCGCGGAGAACAACGUGAAGAAAGGCGACGUGCUGUCGGUGGCCGAGCUGGCCGGCACUAUGGCCGCCAAACGCACUCCCGACCUCAUACCGCUCUGUCAUCCGCUCACCCUGACUUACGUCAAGGUGAAGGCGAGGUUGAUCGAGAAAUCGCACCAGGUGGAGAUCACGUCGGAGGUGAGAUGCACCGGCAAGACCGGCGUCGAGAUGGAAGCUCUGACUGCCGUGGGUGUAGCGGCGCUCACGAUCUACGACAUGUGCAAAAACGCAGCCGCUCCCGGCACGAUGAAAAUCCACGGUAUCGAGCUGGUGUCCAAAACCGGCGGUACAAAGGGCGACUUCCAAGUAGAUAAAAUAGAUUAAGUAAACGGUAUCCUCGUGUUUCUCGAUAACACGGACGAUUAUUCCGAUGGUAUUCUCAGCGUUCCAUAGACAAUGUGAAGCGACGUAACUUAGUGCAAUAGGGCUCAAAAGAUUCAGAUAAAGAGAGUUUCGGAGGAAAUUUGAUAGAUUCUCUGUUAUUCUGUCGUCUAUUGAAUUUCCAUGGUAUUAUUUUCAUAUUUUGAAAUGUGCGUUAAGUUUCAUAUGCACACUUCUUUCAUAUUUUUACACGUGCACAUAGAUAGAUUCAUAUAUAUUUAUAUAUAUAUUUUUUUAUGUAAAAAUCUACAUAUACGUUAUAUAUUUGUCACAAAUGGUAACGGGGAUGGUGUAGUCAACUUGUACAUAGAUAUAUAUUUUUUUCUUGGUAACGGAAGAAUUUCGUAAGUUGUGCAUAAUUAUCAGUGUAUAUUUAAGACUAACGCAUCGGCCGUUCUUGCUAUACACGAUACUUUUGUAUCUAUUUUUAUUUCUGUACGUAUAUAUCUGACCAGUGCAAAGAUAGACAGUUAUUCGAUCAUACGUAAAGAAAACGUGUUCAUUCCGCAAUUACAGUCAUUUGCAGUUCGACCAAGAUCCUCUCAUAAUGGCGAAUAAAUAGAUGAAAGUUUACGUAGAAACUACGUAGAAGGGAUAUUAUCAGACGUUAUUAUUAAAUAAUAAUCACAACGGGCGUUGUAUUGAGAAAUGCGUUGUAAAUUAUCGGGCAAAAUUCUUCCACCAUUGAUUUCCACAUGAUUUCGGUGAUCGAUCUGAUAUUUUGCACGUGGAAACGUAUAUACUCGAGUAAACUCGAACGAACGCAUGUACAUGCCUUUGAACUAGGAGCGAAAUUAUGAGGCAGAUUGUAUCGUCACGUCUCAAACAAUAAGGAUAUGCGGUAAAUUUGUAUAUUAACACGCGUCUUGUGUCAUAAAUUGUAAGUAUCGGAAGAAGAGCAAUGGCACGGCACAGCGCGACGAUACGCAAAGGAACACGCAUGAUAAUACGCAUAAUACGACAGCGCAGUUCGGAGCUGUUUCCGAUCUGCGUCACUCGGUAAGCAGCUCGAUAUCGUCGCGAGCACGAAGAAACGCGCAAGGCCGGAAGCGCGAACGAACGGUCUCCGGUAGUCGGAUCUUGCCUAAAGUUACUUUCUAUCAUGUAUAUUGUAAGUUACGAACGACCUACGUCGUAUGUUGUUGGAAUACGUUGUUGUGUUUGGAGAGAUUUUAUCGCAAUAUAUAUAUAUCUA